AUAAAAAUAAUGAAAAUGUAGGAGACUAAGCUCCUAUUUGAUGAACUAGUCUUCUGUCUACAACGACUGUUUUCUCUUCCCUUCAAUAUAGAUAUGCCGUUUAAUUCAGGCAUACUCGAGGAGAUACCAGGAGGGGAGAUUUACAAGAAGAGAGAGCACUGUUCAAACUGUGCUUGCAGCAGAACCACGUCACAGAACUCGUCAGCUCCUACAACCCCUGGAUCUGGUUCUAGUUCUCGUAGUUCUCGUAGUUCUCGAUCUAGAAUACCUAGACCAAUAUCUUUACCUAAACGUCUGGAGGAGAAACUAUCUAUUCAUAGCACACCAGCUAGAGCUUCAAGCCAGGGAAAAGUGUGUGUCGGAUCUGAGCCCCUAAAACUAAAAAGUCCCCUGAAGCCUCCUCCUCGGCCUAAAUCCCGUGUUAGGGACACCAUUAAACUAUUUGAUGCUAAAUAUAAGGUUGGGAGGGGGCCAAGACCCCCCACCAAACCUAGACCCAUCACCUCACCUAAAACAGGGGGAGGGGAGGGAAUGGCAGGAGACAGCAUGGAGGAUAAAUACAAGUGAAAAUUUGAAGAAAAAAAUAAAAUCCAAAAUUUG